GCAUGGCCUUAGGCGUGUGGUCUCCCUCGCUGAUUGAUGUGGUGUUGUUUGCGAUCGCAGCGGUGGUGGUCUGGAAAUUGGAGAGGAGGAGGAGGAGGGGUUGGGCGACGGGGCGGUUGCCGCCGGGGAGCGAGGGGCUGCCGGUGGUAGGGGAGACCCUGCAGCUGAUCGCGGCGUACAAAUCGGAGAACCCGGAGCCGUUCAUGGACGAGCGGGUACGGCGGCAUGGGCGGCUGUUCACCACGCACGUUUUCGGGGAGCGCACCGUGUUCUCGGCGGACCCGGAGUUCAACCGGAUGGUGCUGGGGGCGGAGGACCGCACCGUGGAGGGCAGCUAUCCGUCGUCCCUCUCCACGCUGCUGGGCACCCACUCCCUCGUCGUGAUGAAAGGCGCCCGCCACAAGCGCAUGCACUCCCUCACCCUCGCCCGCCUCACCUCCCCCGCCGCUAUCCGUGAGGCCAAACUCCUUCUCCAUAUCGACCGCCUCGUCCGCCGCACCCUCGACUCCUGGCCCUCCUCCUCCCCGGUCCUCCUCCUCGACGAGGCCAAGAAGAUCACCUUCGAGCUUACCGUGAAGCAGCUGGUCAGCUACGACCAGCACAAGUGGAUCGAGUCCCUCCGCCACGAGUACCUCCUCCUCAUCAAUGGCUUCUUCUCCAUCCCCUUCCCUUCCUUCCUCUCCUUCACCACCUACGGUCGUGCCCUGAAGGCUAGGAAGAAGGUGGAGGAGGCGCUGAAGGAGGUGAUAAGAAAGAGAAAGCUGGAGAAGAAGCCGACAGGAAUCGACGUCGACGUCAAGGAAAGCCAGAAUAACACGAAGAAAAAAGACAUGCUGGAGGAGCUGUUGGAGGGAGAAGCGGAAGGGAUGACGGACGAGGCGAUAGUGGACUUCCUGCUGUCGUUGUUGGUGGCGGGAUACGAGACCACGUCCACCAUCAUGACCCUGGCCGUCAAGUUCCUCACCGACCACCCCCGAGCCCUCGCGCAGCUCAGGGAAGAGCAGGAAGGGAUAAGGAAGCAGAAGAAAGACGAGGAGGCGGCCUUGGACUGGGAUGAAUACAAGUCCAUGCCCUUCACACAGUGCGUGAUCAACGAGACCCUUCGAGUGGUCAACAUCAUCGGCGGAGUGUUCCGGCGAGCCAAGACAGACCUCCAUUUCAAAGGGUACACGAUUCCCGAGGGGUGCAAGGUCUUCCUCUCCUUCCGUGCUGUCCACCUCGACACCGAGUACUUCGAUGACGCCCGGACCUUCAACCCCUGGAGAUGGCAGGUAUAGGCACCGCGCGCCUUUCGGCGAUGAGAUAUGCCGAUGAGGCUCGAGGUGUUCGAUGGCUGAACUCACUCACUUGUUUGGUGUCGGGCUUUUGUGCAGAAGAAUGCAGCGGCGCAGCAGGUCGGGGGGGCCACUGUUUACACCCCCUUCGGCGGGGGGUCCCGGCUGUGCCCCGGCUAUGAGCUCGCUCGGGUGGUCAUAUCCGUCUUCCUCCAUUACCUCGUCACUCGAUUCAAUUGGGAGGAGGCGGAGAAAGAUAGGCUGGUGUUCUUCCCCACCACAAGGACUCUCAAGAGCUAUCCCAUCAACGUCCGGCGGCGCGAGGAGGAAGAAGGAGCAUGAAUCGCACGGCAGUGAGCUGCCUUUCCCCCGCUUUCCGUAUCAGCAUUGCUCAGGCUACCAUGUAAUAGGUGGGACCGUGAAGCUCCUUCUUACUCAAACAG